AUGAGAAGAAUUUUAAAAGCGGCAAUUUUUAUAGCAAUUUUUAAUCAGAUAUCCGUUGACGCCCUUAAAUCGAAUGGAAUUGGGAGUGAUUGCCAAUGCCGAUGCAAAUUGCAUGAAGAUUCGCGAGAGCCGUGCCCGAAUGGCAAGGGUUUUCAAAUCUUCUUUUCCGUCGAAGCGAUAUCUUCUGGGAGCGACUGUCAGUGCACAUGCGAAGAUCCUCCAGUGAAAACAGAGUGUUUGCCGGACGACAGUGCAACGAUCAAGAAAUGA